UUCGACAUUUAGUUUGGGAAGCGACCGUGUACAUUCAGCAGACAUACGCUUAUUCUGCCAUAUCGAUAGAAAGGGAGAAUGUAUUCAGUGGAAAAUUCUUUUACUUUGUUCGCGCUAGCAAGAUAGCGAAGUGCACUAAUAAGAAAAUCAUAAAUUUUUCGCAAAACUGCAACAAGUUCAGAUUUUUUGAUACAACAAUAGUGUUAUCUGUCUCAUGGAUUAUUGUUAAGCAUUGAUUGCCAAUGAAAACGCAGAAAAACAUUUACGAAUCAAGCCACAAACAAGGAAAAGGUGUGAUAUAAUCAAAUGAAUUUAAGACUGGUAAUUCAGAGGUAUCUGGUAGCAUUAAGGCUCGACGGACAUCAGCACAGUGGUGAAAUUUCGAUAAGAAAUCUUCCCAUCUAUCCCACCAUUCUUGAAUGCAGCUAUCGAAAACAAGCAAAGUCUUCGAACAAGUGUUUAGAUUUCGUGAAACAUCUAUCAGUUUUGACGAAGUUGAAGAAGUGUAAGAUUAAAAAAAAACUAAGAAUGUAUCUGAUUGUGUGAAAAUCAGGAAGCAAUAAAAAAGCAUACUAGCAUACAUCUAGAGAAGGGAGAACGAAAGAGCGAAAAGCUGAAUCAAAGUGCAACCUCAAGUGCAUCAUAGCGCAGCUGUGAUGUGAAGAAAAGAUUCGCCUAUGUGUAGUAAAUAAAAAUGAAAAAUCUUGGUCACAACAAAGAAAAUAAAAGUACUGAUGUGUUCAGGAAACGGAAAACCGCAAGAUAAAAAGUGUUGUAUAAUCGGCGGAUAGUGAGACGAAAAUAUAGUAAAAUUAAUAAAAAAAAAAAGUUAAGCAAAAAUAUAAUAAUAAAGAAAAAAAAUACAAGAGUGCGGCUACAUCUAUUGAAGUGUAAGGUUCCGAAUGUGUGUCAUUUCGCGUCGCGAUUGAUGUGCAUGUGAUUCCUGAUGUUGGUGAAAAAGUUUGUAAUGCCCAUGCUUAGAAUUAUGGCUGUUAUUGGCGAUUAUAGCAAGAACACUUACUGACGUCUUUCAAAACGGCAUAACGACACAACUGCAACUUGAUCGGAAAGAUCAUUUUAUGCAUCGUAAAGUGUUCGGAAGUCAACGAUAAGUAAAAAGGCAGUGCAAACGAGUGCGUGUUUUUAAUAACAAAAAAAAAUUGUCAUCGUGAAACAUCUGAUUCACAUAAACGGAAGCCUUAGUGUAUAAACUAAACGAGAGGAGCAUUCAGAAAAUCUCAAAAUUGAACCAUCAUAUAAAAAAGAUGAACAUUGAUCCCUCAAGCAACACUGAUAAUUCGGAUAAAUCCGUCAGCACCAACACUACGACGCCCUCGGUUUCGGCUACAAAUGUUUGCACGGAAGAAGAUGAAGAAUCGACAUUGGUCGAAGUUUCACCUUCAUCAUCAUCUUCACCCACGACCGUAUCAUCGUUUUCGCCGUCAACAAGAUCUUGCAGCACCGGGGAAGAUGUAGUCGAGUCCAAUUCGAAUGUUUCUUUUGAGGCUGGACUUAUGCCAACAGCAGCGAUGACGGAGAAUAGCGCAACCUGUCUUACUGACUCAGUAGUUUCGUCCGAAGCCAGUACAGUGGCAUUAAUUGAGGGUGUAACUACUAAUCAACAUACACAACAGUCACUAUUAGUGCCACAAGAAGUGGCGGAGCAGGAUGUGAACGUAGUAAAUUCAAGAAACCUUCCAAUACAGUCCUCGUCAUCUCUAUCAACUCCGUCCUCGUCAGAAGAAUAUGAUGCAGAAUCUGCAACUACGAUCAAUACUAAAGAACCUUUGAAUCAAACCAGCGCCAUUAUCAAAAAUAAUCUCAACGACAGUUGUAGUGAAGCAGCAACUAGUGGACAACCAAAAUACCCGAUUCCAUCGGGUUCUGGUAACAGAUCUCUCUUGCCAGAAUCGAUUGGAAUUGCUGGACAAACUGAACAAGCUGACGAAGAUAAACGUGAAGUGAUGAACAACCAAGCACCAAUAGAGAUAGUACAAAUCUUUCCCUCCACCAAAGUAACCCCAUCCUCUGCGUCCUCUUCCUCAUCAUUGGCGUCCAAUACAAGUACACCAACGGCGUCCUCGACCUCAACGUCACCUUCCGUUUCGCCCCUGGCAGCUGACCAACAAAAUAAUACUACAUCAUCCACCAGUAUCGCCAUAGUCAGCACCCAAUUGCCCAAUGUUCAAUUGGAGGCCGAAUCUCUGAAAACGGAAGAAUGUAAAAUUACGAUUGGUUGUCCCAUGGAACACUCAAAUCCGGAACAAGAAGUGCCGCAGCUAAUCCAUCCUUGUGACGACAGUUACCGGCAGUCAUCUUCACCUCCACAAUUACAUAGUAGUCUAAAAAAAUACAAACGAGGAGAGCAAUUCGUCAAAGAAAAGCGCAAAGUUUCGUUUCCAAAAGAUUCACUGCUUAUAACCGGAUACUUGGAACCAAUUGAUCCAUGGGCAUGUGUAACUGUCAUCAGUGCGAAAGAGUUGGUUGAUCGGUAUAAAAAAUCCUGCUUAAAACAUUCUACCAAACCAUUGACGGUUAUUUUAGAUCAUUUAAAAGAAUUGGAUCUAACACUUUGUCAGCGAGUCCCUCUUCUUUCACUAAGAGAUCUAAAUCUCGAUCAGAGCUCAUGUGAGGCACUAGAAGAAGUCUUCAAACGAGUCCAAUACCGUUGCAUCAAUGCAUCGCAUGCUGGCCUUGACGAUAACAGUGCCAGCGUAUUAUUUGAUAUGAUUGAGUAUUACGAGGCAGCAAACGAACUCGAUAUUUCUGACAACCUCAUGAUGACAAACAAAAGUUGGCUGUCAUGCAUAAACAUGAUUAAAAAGAGUCAAGCUCUUAACAUACUUAUUGCUCGUGGUCCGGGUAUAUCCGAACAUCACGCCAUGAACCUUGCAAAGUCCUUAAAUGGUUCUGCUUUACAUACGCUGAAACUGGAACAUUGCGAACUAUCGCAACGACCACUGGCAACACUAUGUAAUAUUCUAAGGCGAAACACAGUAUUACGAGAGCUAUCGUUGGCCAACAAUCAACUUACAUGGGAGGAUGCCAAGAGCAUUGCGGACUUGUUGAGAUCGAACUACUACAUACAAUUAUUAGACAUUUCAAAUAACAAUAUUGGGGACAGGGGUGUGGAAUAUAUAGUGACUGCAUUGAUCGAACAAUCUAUCUACCUGAAAACUAUGCAGGAAACCAAAAGCAAAGCCGAAUUUAAUUUCUCUGACUUAUCCAGCAGUCUGAACAACAUACACAACAACAAAAACUAUUUUCCAAACACAUUUGGCAAAGCAUCCCACCUUCAUCAGCACAGAGGGAAACAAAUUUGCGAAACUGCUGCACCCGUCAAGUCAGCAGCAACUACAGAAAUUAUUGCAGAAUCAGCACUUGCACCGGCAUCUGCACCAGUGAUUGUGACUCCGAUGACCCCACCACCGACACCAGCACUACCAAUAAUCAAUACGCCGCCGGAUGAAGUGUUCCUCAUCACAGUUUCACCGACGACAGGAAAGCAUGAAAUUCCAGCUUCUUCGCAGAUGGUCGAAGAUCUGAAAGAUGAGGCACCUCCUAUGUUGGACUUAACAACUUCCGACACGAUUCAAGAUUUGGAACAGACGGAGAUCAUAAGUACAAAUAAUGAUAGUGGUUUUCAUAGUAGCCUUUCUACUGAAAUUGAAAAAAACAAUAAUGGUAAUGGUAAUAACGCCGAAGUGUUAACAGAAAAGCUACUCUUCGAAGAACUCGCGGAACUAGAUAACCCUAAAAGCAUCGUUGAGGGAAAAGGAUUGACGUUAAUAUCGGGUGAACUAAACGAACCCUUCAAACAAGAAAUCGAUGCUACAGAACAGAAAGCCAUCAAUGACAGUGCUGUGGAUGUUAGUUUGCCAAAGGAUAUAACUGCUAACGUCGAAGAAGACAGUGGUGGUGGAGUUGAUUCGGUGUUGUUGAAUAUCGAUGUUAACACUGAAGAUGCUAAAAGUCCCAAGAAGGCAAGGUUAGCUAAACAGGACAGUGUUCUGAGUGAGUUUGAAACGUGUAUGCCUGAACUUAUGCAAAUGAAUGUUGAACCACAGUUAACAGAACAACAGGACAAAAAGCCAGAUCCAAUGGAAGAAGAUUUACAAGAAGCGUGUGAAGAUUAUGAUGAAGACGAAGUGAGUCUUAAAAUUGUUGAAGAAACACUCCAAGUAGAUAGGAACAUAAAUAACAACAGCAAAGAUCGUCUCAUAACCAAAGAUGAUACGGAAAGUACAAAACCAAUAAAGGCGGAAAACGAUGAUAGUGCCCCAGCAACACCGUUGGUUCCUGUUAAAAAAGAUGAACUUCAACUGUAUCUGGAGAAGUCACAAAGGCAGGAAGAAGAAACCAAUAAUCUAGAUAGUUCAUUGCAUAAAACGAAAGAAGCCGUCAAAGAUAACAAGUUAGGUGAUAUCAUUCCAACCAUCGAAGGAAGUAAAAAGGAAAGCAAUCCGUUGAAAAUAGUCGAGGUGGGAACUAAGGAUAAACCAGUUUCGCGUUCGUUGGAGAGCACAUGUUCCUCAGAAUUUGAUAGCGCGUUCUUGAGCGGGGAUCGUCCACCAGUUUUCCCUAGUGAACGUUCUUUUAGCUCGGAAAGUCUUAACAGUGAAACUUCUGUAGACUCAAAUGAUUCUAAAAGUAGUUUGAAAAUAAUUGAAUCAAGGUUUGCGACGAGAAAUGGAACAUUGGAGCGUCAACAAUCAAAUGCUAACAGGUUUGCUUCGCAUAUCGAUCAGCCGUUGUCGGUGCCCUCGGGUCUUCAGGUCCUAGUUCUAUGGAACAAUGAAAUCAGCAGAAAUUCGGCACGUCAUUUUGCUGAUCUAAUAGAGAACACUUCUACAAUGGAAAUCCUCAAUGUUGGAAGUAAUUUACUGUGCAAUGAUUUUAUUUCGACUAUCAAAACUAGCCUGAAAACUAAUAACAGUUUGACGAGUGUGGGACUACAAGGAACCCAUUUAUCAGAUAAUGGGGCCAAGGCAAUGGCCGAGGUUAUUGAGUUUGGCGGAAACUCAACCCUUCAAAGAAUUGAUUUGCGCAACAAUAAUGUGUUGGCUACAGGGUUAGAUUAUUUAAAUGAAGCUUUAAAAUCUAAUCGAAAUGUUACCCGAAUAGACCUCGACGAUGUUCCUCGUAGGAUAGUGGAUAACUCUCUUGAUGUCAGCCCAGAUUAUUCUCGUUUAUUGAAUAACAUUCGUGCCCAGUGUGAGAGAAAUAAGCAUCCACCAGAAACUUCAGAACCCAUCAGUACUUCUAUCAAACGCGUGAGAUCGUCUGUUCUUAGCGGUCGUAAAAUUUCUUUGACAUGUACGACAUCUAUAAGAUCAGCGCCGAAUACAUCGGUGGGUGAAAAGCACCACCAUCAUCUGCUGGAUCCGAGUAAAAAAGGUGCUGGUCGUUUGCGCUCUCCAUUACCAAGUCCAAUUCCAUCACCUGUAGCAUCUCCGGUGCCAAGUCCAUCGCGCAAUAGAUUCCAAGUGACACGUGUCGGCGAGCCUGCCGGUAUUUCUAGUAGCCUAACCAACAUAAGCCAUACUACGUCUACCUCGCCUUCGCCAUCAUCGACAGGCAGCUCGCCGACGCUCUUCUUUGCGGCUAAUUCGCGAUUUCGUGUUGUGACCGUUGAGGAACCACCGUCAUUAUCAUCCGCACCUUCGUCCGUAUCUAAUCAGACUACCGCUAGCGGAAGGGUCACAACUACUACUAUGUCCCCAUCGCCACUUGUAACAUGCAGUGGACACCAUCUCAGUCGAGCGCCACCAACUAAUAGUUGUUCUGCACCUGCAUUAUCGUCGUUUGGAACCUCUCCAAAGUCUAUGUCAUCACCGAUCGUACACUCGGUUGCGACAAAUACAACUUCACCCCUGGCGCUUACCCAACAACAACUACAAAUGUCACAACACUUCAUACCAUCGGGUUCUGUUAUAAGUUCCGUUUCAACAACACCAAAAACUAAACAUACAAGGUUACCUUCUUCGAGUAGUGUGUUGAACGAUUCGGUAAUAUCUUCUACUUCGAUCGAAAGUCCCGAUCUUGAGGUCAAAAAAUUCAUGAGUAGCUCCGCUGGCAUAAUGCAAAGUGGCACUGGAACAAUUAGACCAUAUUCCGCAGCUAUGGAUGAUAGUUGUUGUUCAUCCAUUAGCAGCAGCAUAGACUCAAUCGAUAAUGCACACUUCAACAACACUUCAAUUAGUUCCACGGAUGAAAGUUUCGAUCUAAUUAUCAGUUCACCAUCAUCAUCAUCGAUUUCCAUCGGUUCGGUUAGUACCGCUCCACUUGUUAAAACGCUGUCUUCCCAGCAAGAGGAUAGCACACUGAUUACCGCGCCGCAACAGCGAUCUACCCAACGAAGCAAGAUUCAGCAAGCCGGGCCGACAGCAAUUGCAGUAAAGGACACUCUUCAUAUUAGUGGCGCUAAUUUAGUAAAAACUAAAAACAACAGCUUGUCAAGUUUGGAGAUGAGCACUAGUUCACAGGAGUCGUUGUACGACGUACAGGAUAUAUCGUCCAUAUCUUCUCUCAGUGCUUCGUCGUCCCUUGCAUUGGGGACUAAUGCUAAGGUCUCACAUUCAGCCGUGAUCAGUGAAAAUUCAAACGAUAACACGCUUACGUCGCUGCAGAGUUUGGAUAAAGAAAAAACAGUAACUAUUAAAUCACCUGAUAAGCCAACACGUGUGAGAAAAACAUCUUGGAUUGCAUCGAUUGGAAGCUAUCCUAAGGCAGCUGAUAGCACAUCGUCCAUCGUAAACUCAGGUGGUACUAGCGGUACCAAUACUUCUACUACUACCACUACUAGUACUGGAUACUCUCCAGCAAUUGAAAAAUUGUUAUCGAUUUUUAGCCCCAGUAACCUUUUUUCCAGCAAGUCAAGUCCACCGAAUUCAGAAUGUGGAAACGUUCCAUCGAUAUCGAUGGGAGCAACAAACGUUGCAAACAAAGAAAAUAUCUCUGUCCCGCAACUUCCAUCGCGCAAAGAAAGUCCCAUGGGUGGAUUGUUUCAGUGGACUAACAAAUCAAACAAAGACGAGGAAAAGGUACUGAAGGUAAACAUUUCGCCGGAGAAUACAAUUUCUUCAAACCAAGUCCUUCAGGCAAGUCAUCAGCAACCAUCACCGCAACUGCCAGCAUUCAAUGUUCAAAACAUACCGAGUCAAAUUAAGGCCGAAAUGAAAGAAAAUAUUUCGCCAGAAAAUACGGUGACCAGUAAAUUGAUAGUUAACGCAUCUUCUCCUCAAUCGUCAACUGUGGCCACGGUUACUAGUACUGUUUCUCUACGCCCGAAGGUUGUAUUUCACCUAGGAGAUGAUUAUGAUGAUUCUGAAGACGACAUCGACACUCUGACAAGUAAAUUCGGUGGUGGGGGUGGUGGAGUUACAGCUACUUCAGUCAGUAGUAAUUUGGGCGGCGAUUACCACAAAUCCCAUCACCCGCAUCCAUCGACAUCGAUUCUUGGAACGAGCGCCGGUAGUACAACCACCAAUAGCAGUGGUAUCAGCAUCAGUAGUAAUAUGGCUGAAGGCUCUCCUUUACCACCAGAAACAUUACAACAACACUACACUAGUCAUCUCGGUCAGCUUGCACGAGACUCGCUGACGACAAUGUUUAAAAACCCAUCGCUCACGUCCCAGGAUUCAAUUCGGUCAAUGGAUUCGUUUACGGAAACGUCGUCAACAGAGCAGGCUUCAUCGACGACGACGACGACAACGAUUACCAGUAGUAGUAGAAGUUCAUCGCCAAAACGUCAUCUUCAUCAGAAUCAACUUCAUCAUCACUUCUCUCAACUUCAUCACCAGCAGCAACAGCAUCAGCAACCGCACUCACAAGGUUCCGGAAAUAACACCCAAACUCAGUAGCGUACAUGGGUUGAAAAAAUGUUCACUGUAGAAUGGUUAAUUUGAUUGAAAAAACAUGUUGAUUGUAAAUCUCGAGAUGGUACUUUGUAUUUUUUUUAAAUACGGAAAUGUUUCGAGUUGAAACUUUUAUUACUUAAUGAUGCAUUCUUUAUGAUAAAAAUAGUUUUUGUUGGCUAUUUUAAUUUCAUUUUAACUGUUUUGGCAUUUGUUUCCAUAAUCACUCCGACUGUUCCAAACUAAUCUAAACUGCAUAUUAUGUGGUUAUGGUUUUUCACCCAAUUUUCUUUUAAUUUUGUCUUAAUAGAGAAAUCAAUGUGCCUUCUUUUAAAUGAGAAUUAAGAAGAAGUUCUGAACGAAAACAGAAAAAAAUGAUGAUCGAAUAAUGACAAGCUAAGUACUUUAAACAAAACGUACUACUUAAUUCUGAAAUCUCGGUAAAUAGGUACUUAACUAUGCGAUAGAAAUUGUUGUUGCGUCGAUGAAUUUAGAGCUUUAUUGACCGAAAGUGCAUUUGGGGCUGAUGUAGUGAACUGUUCAUAUUUUGCACUGUUGAUUUUCAGAAAUCAGAAAUGCAGCUUCAGAGUCGGAGUUUAUAUAGACAUUAUUAAAAUUAUUCCUAUCAAACGAAGGACUCGAUGUGAUAAGAUAAACAUUUACAUCGAUUACAGAGGAAGUCAUUUUCGAGACACGCCUGCAAAAGAUAAAAUUCUAAAUUUUCCAAAACUAUCUGUCCACCGUGGCCCACUAGCAUUCAAUGGCGAUUUCUAGCAAUUAAAUCAACAGUGGAAAAUAGUGAACGAAAUAAUAAACUCAGAGACUGAUUUAACCACACAUUUUACCAACAGAUCCUUCCGAACUGUUUUUGAAAGUCGCGAAACCCGAAUACCGUAAGUUUAUUCUAAAGCAUCAGAUGCCGUAGCGUACGUUUCGAAAUAUUGAGUGAAUGUGUUUGAGAUUAAUUUGAGCAGUGUGAUAUCCAAACGAAUUGCUUUAUGUGGUACAAAACGAAAACUGGCAGGAGACAAACUUAACAGAAACAAAAAGGUGAUAGCAAAGGAAAGCGUUAAGGGGGGACAAAACAAAGGCAUAUGUUAAACUAGAGCGCGAUUUGUUGACUGGAAAUCUAAAUUGGAAGCAAAUAUGAAACAAUCGAGUAUUAGGUAAAGAAUCGUAUCGGCAACACCAGCAUGAAGAUAAAAGUGAUGAUAAAACAAAAAAAAACAAAAUGUUAUAAUAUAUCUUAACACUCAAUCAACGCCAUUGUGAUAUUAGUUUAUAAUCAACACAAUUAUUUUAUUAAGAUAAAACACGUGAGUAAUACUUUACAGCUAGCAAGAGGAACAAAUGAAUGAAUUGAAAAGAAAAUGAGAAGGGCAUGUCUGAAGCUUAAUUGGGCGAAUGAAGAAAGUUUCGGUUCAUCGAUGAACAAUUAUUUUUUUGUAAUAACUUGAAAAGGAAAAAAAAUAUCAAAGGAAGCAUUUACUAACAAGUUAGCUACUAAUUGAUUCAAAUACUCUAUCUAUUUUUGGAUACCUAUUAUAAAAAAAAUAAAAAACCAAUCAUAAACACUUUUCUCCCGUUAUCGAUAUUGGAUUUAUUAGAAAGGAUGCCUCUUAUGGAACCAAUGCCAAAAAAUUUAAUACUUUGAAACCCUAACUGGCUUAACCAACUUUAGUGAUAACAUAAUUUGUACUGUUUCAUAUUUAUAAAAUACAUAAAUUACCAAAGCGCAUUGCAAGUCAUGAUUUUCAUACGAACAACUAUCUCAGAUUAAUGCAAUCAACAUGUUUUUUUUUAUUAAUUAAUCGUUUGCAUUAGAAGUAUAUAGAUUCAGUAAACAAAUAGUCCGCUAACUAUAUGAGAUCACGUGUAGGAUGUUAGCAAAUGCGUCGAGUUUACUGGUACUGGAUCAGUUAGUACUUACGAUAGGUUUGUACUUCAUCUUACGAAUCCAACAAAAAAAAAAUAGAAGCAGGAGAUAAAAUUCUUCUGGAGCAGAAUAAAGGACACGUCAUCAUCAACAGUCAUUCUCAUGCUUUUAUUCAAACAACAAUACAAACUCAUUUGAGCUGCAAAUGAAAGUAGGAAAAUAGUUCAGCGUUAGUAGAAAAUAAUCAAUAAACCCUAACCAACAUUAUCCCAUAUGACUUUAAUAAAACAUAAAAAAGGAACAGUAAUAAAAAGUCGCAUACAAAUCACACAAAAACUCACACAGUCAGAGUGGCGGCAGUUACCUUAUCAUUUAUCGCAGAUUUUAUUUUUGUUUUUCGAUGAGUUCGCACAACAGCGAUGCUAAUCGUUUGAGGUACACCUUGCCGGAUUGUCCGCUUUCAUUCGGACUUGCCCGGAUAUUUUAUUCAAAACUUGGGAAAGUUAAAUCAAAAUAAACAUGAACGACUUUUGCGAACCUAAAAAUACGAUUUUUCUUCCAGAAUUUCAUUGAAGAAUUCCUUGGUUUAGCCCAGGCAUGUCAAACUGGCGUUUUGCAUACGGUCCGAGACAUCUAGAAAUGCGGGUCGCUUAACCCUUAUCCGUCCCUGAAAUAUUUACCAGUUUAAGUUCCUGGAGUGUCAAUUUGACACUCCGGCCUAAGACCACUUUACCGCUCUUGUUUCCCAAUCGAUUUUUACAAAAUUUAUUUUUAUUAAAUUUAAAUCUUGCGUGAAUUUCAGUGCAAGAAAAUCUGAGAAAUUUCCCGAUAGGAAAUUUGACAGAUGAAAAAUUUCGCCGUUCACAUAUUUAGUUGGGUGCCGAUUUAGUCUGGCUACGAAUCACCCUACUAAAUCAAUGACCCGAUUUAGUAUGCCGAUUAAUCGGGCUACGCUUGAAUAUGAAAUAGGUGCCAUACUAAAUCGGCUGAUGAGUGAGCUCACACAAUUACGUAUGAUUUAGUAGCACAAUAAGUUGAUCUACGUUAUCAGGGAGGAUUGGUCAAUUUAGUAGGUUUCGUAGGACUCUAUUUAGUUGGCAUACUUUAAGCCUAUUUAGUAUGGAAUGGUCAUAACUGAAUUAGUAUUUGACAUCUGUGUGUGAUGGAGUUCAUCGAUGGGAAAGCUUGGCCCACGUCAGCACGGAAGGUCUCGUCGGUCAUCAGUAAUUCGUUGGAGUGGCUAGCGCAUUUCUAUCGGUUCCAUCAUGACGACGUUCUACCUGACCAAGUUCCCAGACGUUUGCCGGAUAUGCCUGAAGCCGUAAUAGAAGGUGUUCCUGACUCCGAUGGAGGUAUCGUUUAUGAAUUCCGCCGCCCUCACCGUGGGUCAGUUUCUAGAUGCAGUGCUUGGAUGGCAAGCUUCUUCGCAGGACAUGUCGUUUCCAGAUCGGCUAAGUUAAAAGAUUUCGGCAUUCUCAUAAGAAAAAUCUCCACUGGACUUGCUCUAGUCAAGUCCAUACUGCUAUUAAAUAUGGCUUCGCAGGUUUACUUUACUAAAUCAUGUGACUAAUAAACCUUUUUGGUCGGGUGGUUCUAUUUUGCGGUAAAUCAAUCCGACUAUUUAAUACGAUUGGGUAGGGUGGUAGGAAAAGGAAUCGAUUUUUGAGACCAAUCAAUUCUGCUAUUUAGUCGGAUUGAGUUGGGUGGUACGAAGAAAAAUCCAUUUUCGCGAUCAAUCAAUCCGGCUAUUUAGUACGAUUGGGUAGGGUGGUAGAAAAAACAAUCGAUUUUUGAGGCCGAUCAAAUGCUAUUCAGUCGGAUUGAGUUGAGUGGUGCGAAGAAAAAUCAAUUUUUGCUGUCAAUCAAUCCGGCUAUUUAGUACGAUUGGGUACGAAUAUCUCAUCAACUUUAUCGCCCUACUAAUCAAGUGAUUUAGUCGGUUCCUACACAAUCAUGCUACUCAUCACCCUAUUUGAUAGGCCUACGAAAUCAGCCUAUUAAUCGGCUGAUGCCCAGCAAAAACUCCCAUAAGCGACGUUGCAACAAUAGGCCGAUUAGUAUGAACUAAAAUCGGCCGACGCACCCUUCGCGAGCCGACUAAGUAUGGUGAAUAGUAGGGUGUAUUUCCUAUCGGGUUAGAAUUCGUAAAAAGCCAACUACUACGUAAAAAACAGCUACCUUUGAAAACUCGUCAAAAAUUCUGUGUUUUGUGUUUUGGAAAAAUGUGAAAUGUGCAAAAUAACAUUUCAAUCCUCCUUUCAAAACUUAUCUGAUAUGACUCAAACAGUUGAGUGAAAAGUGCGAUUUCACACCACUUUUUUGUGUCCAUGAUUAAAAAAAUAAAAAAAUUGAACCCUUGUGUGCAACGUAUAGCUUCUAACUUCAGCUUUCUAGAAACCUAAGUGAAUAUUUUUUUGAGCAUUCCGUAGCUGAUCUACAGUUUUUUUUCCCUACCUACCUACCUAAGGGUCCUGAGCCAGCAUCUUCACUUGCUGCCAGCCAAGGCUUUUGUCAACUGUGCGCAUUUCAGUGGCUAGACUACUCCGCCACGAGCUUCUGGGCCUGCCUCUUCUUCGAUGCCCAUCUGGACUCCAGUCAAGUGCCUCUCUGCCAAUCUCGUUUUCAUCCAUCACCACUUACGUUCCCUUAUCUUGAUUUCUAGCGCCCUUUGAUGCCCCCGGCGAUGUAGUUCCACGUUUGAGAUCCAGUUGCCAGGCCACCAAACGCGGAUAGUAUUCCGCAGACAGCGAUUCACAAAAUUGCAGCUUUCGCGUCGUUAUCGCAUACGUGCACCAAGUUUCCCAUUCGUACAACAAUACGGAUUUGACGUUUGGGUUGAAGAUUCGGAUAUUUGUUCGUACUGAGAUCUGGUGUGAGCGCCAGAUGUUUCGGAGACUCGCAAAAGUAAGUCGGGUUUAUCUGAUCCGGGUCUCGAUGUCUUUUUCAAUACCACCAUCAGGCGUAACCUAGCUGCCAAGAUACUGGAACCACUCCACAUUCUCAACCUGUUGCCCAGCUACCACGAUAUUGGAACGAGUUUCUGUGUUGAUUCCAUCGAUUUGGUCUUUCAGACAUUGAAUUCGGGACCCGCUGCCUUGGAGCUUUCGGUGAGGUCGUCAAGUUUGCUCUGCAUGUUUUGUUGUCUUUGGGCGAGCAAAACAAUAUCGUCAGGCAGGUCAAGGUCGUUCAGUUGCUCCAUUUUCGAGGUAUUACACAGCAAUCCUCAGUUUGGUCUACAGUCAAUCGAUACAGUCAAGAUCUCAUCCAUUACGAUGAGAAAGAGUAGUGGUGAUAAGAUACAUCAUUGUCCUUGUCUCAGCAGUUACCGGUAUUGGAUAAGACAAACACCAUCGUGAAGGACCUUACACGAAAAUGACUCGUAUUGUGCUUCGAUGCGAUGGACUUAUUUCUCUGGGACUGCUCGUCGCCUUAGAGCUGCAUGGUUCAGUCGGUGGAAUGCUUUUUCGAAAUCAACGAACACCAGCAGAAGAGGGUCCUGGAACUCGUUGAUUUGUUCCAGUAUUAUUCGUAGCGUUGUGAUGUGGUCCAAACAUGAUCUUCCGGAUCCGAAUCCAGCUUGUUGCCGUCGGAGUGUAGCGUCAAUCUUCUCCUGGAUCACUUUGCAGAGUACUUUGUACAUUAUGCGGCCCGCAUAUUCAUAUGCAAUCAAUUUUGCAACCCGCAUACCCUCAUCACGGUUUCACUGGGAGAAAAAUUUAUUUUUUGGAAAUUAGCAUCGCUAAUUUUUGCACCAUUCGAAAGCCCUUUCAUUUGAGCCCAAAUUUGAAACAAUCCAUCGGGGGAUCUACACACUACCAAAAAAAUCUGUAAAAUUACAUCACAUAUGAUGUAAAUAAAAAGAAGCAUCAUAUAUUACGGAGUAUUCAGUGUCAGUUGGAAAUUACACGCCAGUAAAAUUUUGCAACUUGUAAAAUAAAAAAUUAUGUAAAAUUAGCAACGUGUAAAAUAAAAAUGAUGUAAAUUAUAAAAUCACUGAAUAUUGGAAGAAAAACUUUCCAAUUGGAUUUUUGUUUUGUUUUAUUUAAUAUGAUUCAAUAUGAUUCAAUACUGGAAUUUUCUCGUCUCUUAGUAAAAAUAGAAAUCCUUCUAUAAUUAAUACAAUUCAUUUUAUUUGGAGACAAAUUAUUUUAAUCACACACAUAAGUUUUAUUACUUUUAUUUUCUUCCACGACGUACCGGAUCCAAAGUUGAGCAACGUGGAUCCGCUUCCUAAACCGCACCCCUGCUUCUCGAAGAUCUCCGGGAACCAUCAAAACCGAUUAACUUACUCGCGCGCGGGAAAAAUACUUUGGCGCACGACUUGACUUAACAGUUUUUCUCACAUUUGUCUGUUCCUGUUCUUCACAGUUUAUAAUUUUACAUGCCAUUAUCACGUUCAGUGUAUUGUAAUAUUUCAUGUCGUGUAAUUUUAAGAAAUUUCCAAUUCAGUGUUGUUGAUUAUUUUGUGUGACCAAAAAAAAGUUUUAAAAUUACAUCACAUAUGAUGGAACAAAAAAGAAGCAUCACAGAUGAUGGAAUUUUCAGGGCGAGUUGAAUGUUACACGUCUAUAAACUUCAACAGACGUGUAAAAUUUGAAAGACAUGUAAAAUAUUAAGACGUGUAAUAUUUAAUUCGCACUGAAAAUUCCGUCGUAUGUGAUGCUUCUUUUUAUUUACAUCAUAUGUGAUGUAAAUUUACAUCAAAUAUUCGCGUUCCGUGUCAAGUAAUAUUUGUGUCAUACAAAUUCAGUGCUUUUAAGGAUUCAACUUUUUUUAAUUUGUAAAUUUACAUCAAUAAAUCGCGUUCCACGUCAUGUAAUGAUACAGCUUUUCAAUUUCAGUGUUGUUAAGGAUUCAGAUUUUUUUUCUGUGUAGCUCUUAUCAUCAGUUUAUGGUAAAAUGGCGAAAUUUUAAAAUUGGGUUGGUUAAAUACCAACAGCGUGACUUGAAUUACUUAAAUCCAUACAUUUAUCAAUAAGGUUCUAUUUUAAAUUAUAGAUAACUGAUAACCCAUUUUCAUCAUUUUCUUACCGCUAAGCACAGCAAUAAUGCUGCACAUAGAAACAAAAACCAAAUAUAAAAUCUGGUUAAAACGAAAGCAUGGUGAAAAAUUUAAAAAAUCACAGAAUCAUCCUGUUUAUAGAUAAAAGAUUAGGGCCACCCUCAUAACGAAGCGUCUUGAAGUGUGUCACUAUACAAUGUUUAAUUUGUUGAACAACAAAGGGUUCAUUAGAUAUGUUGAAAUUGUCCAUCCAAACCAUACUGUUGGUAUAAGAUCGAAGACAAGUGUAAAUCUUAGCUAAGAUUCCCAGUGGCCCCUUUUCCGCACUACGAGAAAACACGUUUCCAAUGCUCCUAGAAUACCCAAAGCAAAAAUCCCACCUUAUUUUUUCAACCCCAUACACCAUACAGCACCAAAAGUCAGCCUCCUCUCCCAAUAGUUAGAUAUAUUUUUUUCUGUAAAUAAAAAAAAACAGUAGUGUUUACUAAACGUA